AUGCCGUUAUCCAUUUACAAGAAGCUGGGUAUAAGGGAUGUGCAAGAUACCGGGAUGAAACUCCAAUUCGCCGAUCAUUCGGUUAAGAAACCUUAUGGUAUUAUUGAAGAUGUUCUAGUGAAAAUUGACAAGUUUGUAUUCCCGGUGGAUUUUGUGAUUCUAGAAAUGCCUGAAGAUGAAGAGAUUCCUCUCAUUCUUGGGAGACCCUUUUUAGAGACGGGAAGAUGCUUGAUCAACAUAGAAAAAGGGACUACGACGUUGAAGGUUUAUGAUGAGGAAUUAAAAAUUGAUGUUCAAAACACCAUGAAAUACAAAGAUGAUAUUUGCAACAGUCACACUAUAGAGGUUCUGGAUCAAGUGAUUACGUAUGAUAGUCCUUUGAAUGCACCACAGUUACCUCUAGUGUUGAGUUUGUCCAUUUUCAACGGUAAAGAAGUGGACAACGGGGAAUCCGAAGUGCUGGCCAUGAUGGACGCACAACCCCCUUAG